AUGGCGUUCGAUAGUGAGGCAAACGGUUGGUCAGAAUUGAAUAAUUUUUCACUGACUAUAUAUAUCAAUUUGCUGGAGUUAACGGAUCCGAAAACUGGUGACGAGGCGACCCGUUUCAAGCUGUUCUUGAACUGUGGCAAAACCAGCGUAGAUGCCUCCGGAACAUUGGAGUCUUUGAACGAAGAAAAAUUGGCAAAUAUCAUCGGCCUUCAUACAAACGCUGAACAAUUCGUACGCUUUUUGAAUGAAAGUAGUGUCGAAGUAACGCUUAUGCGAGACAACUCCACGGUUGGUAGAGGUCAGUUACGUUUGAAAGACACUGGAGCUGUCCACUUCGACCCAAAGCGUGUGAUAGGCGAUCCUGUGCUGGAAAAAUUUGCACUCCUUAAUGGAAACGACGAGCCAAUUGGGAUGGUAACGAUGGUACUACGUGCGGAACGUAGUGCAGUCCCAUCGGCCGAAUCGGGUUCAGAAGUCAAGAUCGAUACGAACGACCUCUUGUAUGUCGUUAAUGAGGAUAGACGACGCACGUCAGAGCAGCAGGAAAAUUUACAGCGGCAACUCCUUGUGUGCAACAAAUGUAACAUCCUACGAUCUUCGGAUGACUUUAGCUGCCAAUAUGAGUUGAUACAUGGGAUUCUGCAUAGCAAAGCCGUUAACAGCACGCAAAAGGAGAUCGAACGAAUUAAGCAGAAGCUGAAUGACGUUAAAUUGGAUGAAACCAUCGGGCACAGGGAGUCGGUUUCUACAAACGGCGAUGUUUCCGGUGGAAAGAUAUGCGGCCUCUGUCGAGGGAUAACGAUUACUGGAGUCACUUGUGGACUGACGGAACCAAGUGUGGCCGAGAGUAAACCAUCCACUGGCAACAAGCGACAUGUGCAUCGACGGUCCAGCCAAAGAAAUUUUGGUGAAUGUAUGAAAGCCAAACAAAAUUCAAAACCAUCUGCUCGGUGUUGUGUGCGAUGUAAGACGAGCUUAAAUUGGAUGCCGGAAGUUUGUCGAUGCCCAAAGUGUGGUCACAAAGCUCUGAAAACUGAAUAUGCAGAUCUUGACACUAACAAACGAAGAAAGGAGUUCCCUAACUUCCCUUUCGACGAAGGAAUCGUUUCAAAUAAAACGAAUUCACCAAUGAUGAGUGGCACGAAUACGCUGGUGGCUUCAUCGAACUCCUGUUCGAUCUGCCAUAUUCGUCGGUGCCGGUGUGUUGAUUGUGCCUAUCGGACACAUCACUCAGAGCCGUGUAGUUCUUUGACCGGCACUUCAGAAAUCCUAAAUCCUGGGUAUGACACACCAGUAAGACCCAUUACGCGACACUCCACGAACCUUCACGAACGCCAGAAGGGACUGCAAGAAGGGAAAGUAUUGCCGGUCCGACCUCCAUCACCGAGACGGUCCGAGCAGUUGCGCCGAGUGUAUACGGCCAGGCAGGGUCCAAAGGCAGAACCACAACCUACCAAUGGAAAGAUCCGCCUCAGUGGUCCACAAAUUCGGCGGAACUACAACGCUUUCAUGCGCAAGGUGAGGCAACAGAAUAAGAACCUCUACUCCUACCGCUUUGGCCGACGACACCCGGGGAUAUCGGUAGGCCAUAAGUCGUGCAUGAAGCAGGACCCACUAGUACCCGCCCACAUGGGUUGGCGGUGGAACACCUGUAUCGAGGGUAUCGGCAAACGACGUCCCGGUUGGCGCCCAGGAGCAGUCCGAAAGCCUAUCAUGCAGCUGAUGCAACACUUCCUCACGUGCUACCCAAUGGACAAUGUGCCGGUUUCGGGACCGAGGGGGACUCACCACCGUUCACCAGCUACCGGUGACCAUCUGGCGGAACAGAAGCCUACGCUGCACAUAACAAAGCAGCAUGGGGAAUAUUCAAUUACUAUGAACCCGCUGAAGGACUCGGAGACGCUCAAGACUACCACUGACCCAUACCUGCCCUGCAAGCCGAUCAAGUUCCGUCUCUCCAAAGACCCCCGACUGACCAAACUGUACAUGCUGCGCGAUGAGCUGAAGAAGAAAGGUCUGACGCUGUGUGGCUGCCGGGAGCUGGAGAAUUGCGAGCAUCGAAGUGAACGCGAGAAGCGCAUCCUGGUGGAAGAGAUACGACGGACGGGUAAACGUCUCGGAUUGCCCCUGGACACAACCGCCGCCGACAUGCCUAGCCGGAGUGAGAGUGAGCUGGACGUCGAGUUUACGCCACCGUCAGCCAUUAUCCGGCCGGAUGCGAGACAGCCCGACGUGAUCUUUGCGGAGACGCAAUACUGCGAGGAUGACUUCAAGCUCAAGCCCUCCAAGAAACAAGAUCCACAAAAGGCGGUCGGUAAUUCCAAAGUACAAGGUUCUCGCGGGAGUAAAACCACCGGAAGUCGUACACCAGGCGUUGGUUCUGGUCACGGUAAAGGCGACGGAGUGAUGCGUGCACCGACGGAAACCAAUGCUAAACAACCUAAAGGUGACGGUGCAAAUCGGGCACCAAAAGAGACCAUUGACAAACUAACUCCCGGAAGUACCGGUCAGGUGCGUAAAAGUAUUCCGCCAAAGGGAGGUGAUGCUGCUAAGAAGGGAAAGCCAACAGUAUCCGAAGCAAAGAGCACCGGUGUAAGAAUCUCCGUAGCAAAAGCGAAAGUCGCGGCGAAGAAGUAA